AUGUCUGCAGCUGUGGGAUCUGUUUCAGCAAACAAGGAUGUUCCUUUUAAUGCUCAAAUAGAAGAAGAGCUCAAAAACAAGGGAACCAACAAGGUUCAUGGGGAACCAGACCAGCUCCCUCAUAGUGAUGGUGCCAACUACCAUGAUACUGAAGAAACUGAGCCAGAGGAAGAGGAAGACUCCAAGUUGGAAUUGGAUCUUGGCCCUCAGUAUUCCCUCAAGGAACAUCUUGAGAAAGAUAAAGAUGAUGAAAGUUUGAGAAAAUGGAAGGAGCAACUUCUAGCAAGUGUUGAUAUGUCUGCUGUUGGAGAGAACAAAGAGCCAGAAGUGAAGAUAGUGAGCCUCACCCUUAUAUCACCAGGCAGGCCAGACUUCAUCCUACCAAUUCCAUUUGCUACAGAUUCUAAGAAGAGUAUCUUCACCCUUAAGGAAGGAAGCCAAUACCGCUUGAAAUUCUCCUUCACUGUCUCCAACAACAUCGUCUCUGGCCUCAAAUACACCAAUGUUGUUUGGAAAACUGGAAUUAGAGUGGACAACACGAAAAAAAUGCUGGGAACUUAUAGCCCACAGCAGGAACCAUAUACAUAUGAAUUGGAAGAAGAAACUACCCCUUCAGGCUUGUUUGCUAGGGGAACCUAUUCAGCAAGAACCAAGUUUGUAGAUGAUGAUCGCAAAUGCUACUUGGAUGCUAGUUACCACUUUGAAAUUCAGAAGAAUUGGCCUACACCCCACUGA